CAGGUCUGCACAAACACUGUGGGCAGUUACAUGUGCUCCUGCAAUCCUGGCUUUGUUCUGGGGACCGAUGGACGCUGCCAUGAUAUAGAUGAAUGUGAAGACGGGAGCCACAGCUGUGAGCAGGGCUGUACCAACACAGUGGGCUCAUACAAAUGUACCUGUGACAGCGGCUUUGCUCUACGGGAUGACAAACUAACCUGCAGAGAUUUUGAUGAAUGUGGUGACAGCAAUGACUGCACCCAGGUGUGUGAAAAUGUCCGUGGCAGCUUCAAGUGCAGCUGUUUUGAGGGAUACGUGUUGGCCAGGGACAACAAAACAUGCCAAGACGUUGAUGAGUGUCAAGGAGACGUGUGUCCCCUGCACAGCACUUGUGAAAACACCGAGGGCUCCUUUAACUGCAGGUGCGACAGAGGAUACCAGAAACAAGAUGAUGGACAGUGUGUGGAUGUAGAUGAGUGUGCCGAUGGUCCAUGUGCUCCUGUCAUUGGCACGUGCAAAAACACAGCUGGUAGCUACAUGUGCGGCUGUGUAACAGGAUACACUCUACUUGCUAACAAAGUGUCUUGUGAAGAUAUUGAUGAAUGUGCGGAGCAGAUAGACAACUGUGGGCCGCAUGCGACGUGUAUGAACACGCCUGGCUCAUACACAUGUACAUGCAAGAAGGGGUUCCAAGCUUCGGGACCUAACAGUCCAUGUAACAAUGUCAAUGAGUGUGAAAGGCCGGGGAUUUGUGACCAGAUUUGCACAGACACAUUUGGCAGCUACCAGUGCUCUUGUCGC